CCAUAGAGACGGGUCUGUGAGGCCGCAUCCGGGCGAGAAGAUGGGAUACUUGCAGCUUUUGAUGGUGGAAAAUUUCAAAUCAUGGCGAGGGAAACAAUGCAUAGGACCGUUCAAGAAAUUUACAUGUGUCAUCGGUCCCAAUGGUUCAGGGAAAUCAAAUGUCAUGGAUGCACUUAGUUUUGUAAUGGGUGAGAAGACAUCUAAUUUGAGAGUGAGGCACAUCCAAGAACUGAUACAUGGAGCACAUAUCGGGAAGCCGGUUUCAUCUACUGGAAGUGUAAAAAUGGUGUACAUGGAGGAAAAUGGGGAAGAGAAAACAUUUUCAAGAAUUAUUCGAGGCAGUGGAUCUGAAUUCCUUGUUAAUGACAAGAUUGUCAGCAGAUCUGUUUAUACAAAGGAACUUGAAGAAAUUGGUAUAAUUGCUAGAGCAAGAAAUUGCCUGGUUUUUCAGGGUGAAGUUGAAACAAUUGCUAUGAAGAAACCCAAGGAAAGAACUCUACUUUUUGAACAAAUUAGUCAUUCAGGAGAACUUGCCGCUGAAUACGCAGAAAAGAAGAAGAAUAUGCAACAGUCAGAAGAAGAGGCACAGUUUAGUUAUAACAAGAAGAAAAACGUUGCAGCUGAGCGCAAACGUGCCAAAUUGGAGAAGGAGGAGGCAGAGCAUUACCAGAUGAUGUUUGACAAGUUAAGGGAAUGUAGAGAGAAACUGCAAACGUUCAAGCUGUAUCACAAUGAACAAAAAAUUAACUUACUGAACAACAAAUUGGCUGCAAAAAACAAGGAUAUUGAUUCUAACAAAGUUGCUGUUUCCCAUGCUGAAGAUGCAGUGGGAGCCAAGAAAAAAGUGCUUGGAGCAUUAAAUAGAAAACAGCAGCAGAUCGAAAAAGAAAUAAAGUCUCUGGAAAUUUUGCUGAAUCAAAAAAGACCUCAGUAUAUUAAAGCAAAAGAAAGAACCUCUUACCAAAUAAAAAAAGUAGAUACAGCUAAGAAAGAUUUAAGAGAUCAUAUGAAAGAACAGGCUAAGAUAGAAGAAAACAAAAAAGAGCUAGAGACAGAACUGAAGGAUAUUGAUAAAGCUUGGAAAGCAUAUGAAAAAAAGGUUGAAGAGGAGGCACUGCACCAAGGGAGAGAUGUUUUGCUGGAAGAAAGUCAGGUAUGUAAAUAUAAGGAGCUGAAAGAACUAGUUAGGAGAAAAGUAGCUGUAUUGACUCAGCAACUGGAAAAACUGCACUUGGAGCAAAAGGCAGAUGAAGACAAGAUGGCAUUUGAGCAGCGAAAACAGAGAGAAAUUGAGGCAAGUGUGAAGCAAGUUAUGCAACAGAUAGAAGAUCAUGAAAAGCGGAUAGAGAAGUUGACAGAGUAUAGCAGCACAUGUGUUGAAUCUUUAGCAGAGAAAAAACAGGAAGAAGUAACACUCACAAACGAAAUUGAAAGGUCAAAGAUACGAAUGACUGAGUUAAACGAAGAACUGAAUAAAAUUGUCAGUGACCUGCAUAAUGCAAAAAUCGAUGUCCAUGAGGGGAAACGCCAGAAGACGAGGGCUGAAAACUUGGAGAGCCUUAAAAGACUAUAUCCUGGUCACGUGUUUGGAAGACUGCUUGAUUUGUGUCACCCUAUCCAUAAAAAAUAUCAGCUUGCUGUCACCAAGGUUUUUGGCAGGUAUAUGGUUGCGAUUGUUGUGGCUUCAGAAAAAGUAGCUCGAGACUGUAUUCGUUUCCUCAAGGAACAAAGAGCUGAGGCUGAAACUUUCCUUCCUUUAGAUUACAUUGAGGUAGAACCAAUCAAUGAACAGUUGAGAGAGAUAAAAGGAACUAAAAUGAUGAUUGAUGUUAUACAGACAUCAUUUCCUGCACUGAAGAAAGUAAUUCAGUUUGUUUGUGGGAACGGUUUAGUAUGUGAUACAGUAAAUGAAGCAAGACAAACAGCAUUUGAAGGACCAUACCGACUUAAAACAGUGGCUCUGGAUGGAACUUUAUUUUUGAAAUCUGGUGUAAUCUCUGGCGGCUCAAAUGAUUUGAAAAAGAAAGCUAGAUACUGGGAUGAAAAAGAGGUGAAUGAACUUAAAGAGAAGAGAGAGAAGCUGAUGAAUGAACUAAAGGACUUGGUGAAAAUCAAGCGCAAAGAGACUGAUUUAAAGCAGUUGCAAGCUCAAUGCCAAGGAAUUCAAACACGACAUAAAUAUUCGCAAAAUGAACUAGAAGUUCUUAAAAAAAAACACAUUGCUAAUUUCUAUAAGGAAAAAUCUGUGCUGGAAAGUGUACUGUUAAAUAGCCAGUCACAACAUGUGAUGUUGAAUGAAGGAGUUUUACAAAGAGCUGUAAAAAUGGAUGAACUCCAAAAGAAAAUUAAUGAGGUGGAAGACAAUGUUUUCCGUGAAUUCUGUGCAGAGAUUGGAGUAGACAAUAUUCGUGUAUAUGAAAAAGAACAUUUGCAAGAGCAGGAAGAAAUUGACAAGAAGAGGUUUCAGUUUGAAAACCAGAAGACACGACUGAGUGCUCAGCUUGAGUAUAUUUGCAGCUUGGUAGACAAGGCGGUGAAGAAGAAUAACACGUUAAAGGAGAACAUUUGCAAAGAUGAAGCUUAUAUUAUUAGCCUGAAAAAGGAUGAGGAAAACUUUUUACAAAUGGUAGAGGAAGUUAUGGUGGAACUGCAACAGCUUAAGGAAAGGUGGAAUGUUAAUAAGGCUGAUAUUGCAGAAGCACAGAAUCAAGUAGAGGAAUCAAGGAUGGCAUCACUAACUCUAACAAGAGAGUUGGCAAAGUUGCAAAAGGAAGGUAUUGCCAUCGAGACCUCUCUCGAACAGAAAAAGUUAGAAAGGCAUAAUACCUUUCUUGAUUGCAAACUCCAGGACUUAAAGAUAGGACUUCUGUUGGGAUCUUUGGAUGACAUUAGUGAAAUAGAGCUGGGAUCUGAUACUGAAACUACAGAAAUGACGGCUGAUAUCUAUGAAAGAGAACAGGCAAUUCUUGUAGACUAUAGCAAUCUUGCAAAAGAGCUAAAGGACUUGCGCUCCGACAAAGAUAUUGAAACUCACCUAGCACAACUUCAGCAGGAAAUAUCAUCUAGAGAAAAUGUUUUAUCAAAAACAGCAGCACCGAAUAUGAGAGCACUUGAGAGAUUACAUGUUGUUAUAGGCAGAUUUCAAGAAUCGGUUGAUGUGUUUGAGACUUGUAGGACAGAAGCCAGAAUAUGUAGGCAGGAAUUUGAGAAGGUGAAGAAAAGGAGAUAUGAGCUGUUCAGCCAGUGUUUUGAACAUGUGUCAGUAGCUAUAGAUCAGAUCUACAAGAAACUCUGCAGAAACAAUAGCGCUCAGGCAUUUCUUAGUCCCGAAAAUCCCGAGGAGCCUUACUUGGAAGGUAUUGGCUAUAACUGUGUAGCUCCUGGAAAAAGAUUUAUGCCAAUGGACAACCUGUCAGGUGGUGAAAAAUCUAUUGCAGCUUUGGCUCUUGUGUUUGCAAUACACAGCUUUAGACCUGCCCCCUUUUUUGUUUUGGAUGAAGUAGAUGCAGCACUAGAUAACACAAACAUUGGCAAGAUAUCCAGCUUCAUUAAAGAGCAGGCCCAAGAAAAGUUUCAGAUUAUUGUUAUUUCUCUAAAGGAAGAGUUUUAUUCUGAAGCAGAUGCUUUAAUUGGAGUCUGGCCUGAGCAAGAAGAUACUGUCUUCAGUCAAGUAUUGAGCCUGGAUCUUACCCUGUAUCGAGAGUCUGAUGAUGAAAAUGAAAGGCAACCGAAAGGCAGAAAGAGCUCUGCAUUGAAAUAUGAUAUAAAGUGAAUUUGUGGCUGUGGGCUUUUGUUUAACCACGGUGUGACAGGUUUGAAUGUUACCGAUUAGAAUUCAGUAUAAAACUAAAUUCACAUAUAUUUAAUGUGAGAACUGGUUGUUUAGCAUUAUAUUAAUAUGCUUAUUCUCUGUGGAAGUUUAACUGCUAAAAUUUGUAAUAGCUGUGGCCCUACGUAGGCAUUAGAUACAGUUUCCUGGUGUAUCUUAUCAAAAAGAAAAGCUGCUGG